CAUCGUGGCGUUGCCCGCGAAAAGACGAUAUUGUCCCGAAAGCCAGGUGAACCCUAAGGGUAAUUUCGUAAUCGCGUCAGCGAUAAAUAGAGGCCAAUGCCUUAGGGUUUUUCCUUCUCCUCAUCGCGACCAAGCCCUCUGAGGAGUUGAAGCAGCCGCCGAUCCUCUCCCUCCGCUUCUACGACUCCUCUUGGCGCAUAGGUUAACAACAGAGUAGAAAUGGGAAAGGAGAAGGUUCACAUCAACAUUGUGGUCAUUGGCCAUGUCGACUCUGGGAAAUCAACUACCACUGGACAUCUUAUCUACAAGCUUGGUGGUAUCGACAAGCGUGUGAUUGAGAGAUUCGAGAAAGAAGCUGCUGAGAUGAACAAAAGGUCAUUCAAGUAUGCUUGGGUGCUUGACAAGCUGAAGGCUGAACGUGAACGUGGUAUCACCAUUGAUAUUGCUCUCUGGAAGUUUGAGACCACAAAAUACUACUGCACUGUCAUCGAUGCUCCUGGCCAUCGUGAUUUCAUCAAGAACAUGAUCACAGGAACUUCUCAGGCUGAUUGUGCCGUUCUCAUUAUUGAUUCCACCACUGGUGGUUUUGAAGCAGGAAUUUCGAAGGAUGGCCAGACUCGUGAGCAUGCUCUUCUCGCCUUCACUCUUGGAGUCAGGCAGAUGAUCUGUUGCUGUAAUAAGAUGGAUGCCACCACACCCAAAUACUCGAAAGCUAGGUAUGAUGAAAUCGUGAAGGAGGUUUCAUCCUACCUCAAGAAGGUUGGUUACAACCCUGACAAGAUUCCCUUCGUGCCAAUCUCUGGUUUUGAAGGAGAUAACAUGAUCGAGAGGUCUACCAACCUUGACUGGUACAAGGGCCCCACCCUCCUGGAAGCGCUCGACAUGGUCCAAGAACCCAAACGUCCAUUAGACAAGCCUCUCCGUCUUCCUCUGCAGGAUGUCUACAAGAUUGGAGGCAUUGGUACUGUUCCUGUCGGUCGUGUAGAGACUGGAAUCCUCAAGCCUGGUAUGGUUGUGACUUUUGGACCUUCUGGACUUACAACUGAAGUCAAGUCUGUGGAGAUGCACCAUGAGGCUCUCCAGGAGGCUCUACCUGGAGACAACGUCGGCUUCAAUGUCAAGAAUGUUGCCGUCAAGGAUCUGAAGCGUGGUUAUGUUGCUUCAAACUCAAAGGAUGACCCAGCAAAGGGGGCAGCCAGCUUUACCGCUCAGGUCAUCAUCAUGAACCACCCAGGCCAGAUUGGCAAUGGUUAUGCCCCGGUUCUCGACUGUCACACUUCUCACAUUGCUGUUAAGUUUGCGGAGCUCUUGACCAAGAUUGAUCGUCGUUCUGGUAAGGAGCUGGAGAAGGAGCCCAAGUUCCUGAAGAAUGGAGAUGCUGGUUUUGUUAAGAUGAUUCCCACCAAGCCAAUGGUAGUUGAGACCUUCUCUGAGUACCCUCCUCUGGGUAGGUUUGCCGUUAGAGACAUGAGGCAGACGGUUGCAGUGGGUGUUAUCAAGAGUGUGGACAAAAAGGAUGCUAGUGGAGCCAAGAUAACCAAAGCUGCCCAAAAGAAGAAAUGAACCGAGAACUCUGUUUCGAUGUUGUUUGGAGUCGGUAGCGGUUGUAGUAAGGUAUGUUCUUGUCGCCAUUAUAUGUUCACCAGUACAGUAUCUGGAGUCUGGAUGCAGAACUGGGUGCUGGACCGGCGGUGGCAUUGCUGAAGUUUGGUGUCUUCUAUUAUGAUCUACCAUAUGCAAAACAGUUGAGGGUGUCGACUUUUUAAAUGCUAUUUUGAGUUUGUGUUGUGUAGGACUCUGGAGUGUUUGCUGUCAUUUGGGUCUGUUUUAGAUGCUUUUUAGUAUUAUUAAAUAAAGUGGUAGUUGGACUAAA